ACAGGGUUUUGUACUCAGCCUGCAGCUAAGCCUUGAUUUCCCUGGACAGGAGUCCUGGUGGCUGCUGCUUCUCAGAAAUACAGCCUGGGCCCCAGCUGCCAGUGCUUUCCAGAGCAAUCCACAGUCCCCACUUUUCACGGAAUGGAGCUCUGGGGAGCCUAUCUGCUCCUCUGCUUCUUCUACCUCCUGACUCCCGUCACUGCCGAGUCACCAACUCCCAAGGUCAAGAAGGCUGCUGGUGCCAAGAAAGAUGCUAUGGGCCCAAAAAUGUUCGAGGAAUUCAAGAGCCGCUUGGACAGCCUUGCCCAGGAGGUGGCGCUGUUGAAGGAGCAACAAGCUCUGCAGACAGUCUGCCUGAAGGGCACCAAGGUGCACAUGAAGUGCUUUCUGGCCUUCAGCCAGGCCAAGACCUUCCACGAGGCGAGCGAGGACUGCAUCUCGCGCGGGGGCACCCUGGCCGCCCCGCAGGCGGGCUCCGAGAACGACGCCCUGUACGAGUACGCGCGCCAGAGCCUGGGCGGCGAGGCCGAGGUCUGGCUGGGCCUCAACGACAUGGCGCACGAAGGCGCCUGGGUGGACAUGACCGGAGGACACAUCACUUACAAGAACUGGGAGACGGAGAUCACGGCGCAGCCCGACGGCGGCAAGGCCGAGAACUGCGCCGCCCUGGCCGGGGCCGCCAACGGCAAAUGGUUCGACAAGCGCUGCCGCGACCAGCUGCCUUACGUCUGUCAGUUCGCCAUCGUGUAGUUCCGGUGCUUGGGGUGGGGGGGGGGGGACCAGAGAAGG